UUUUGUCGACCCCUUUGGAGAUGGCGAUGGACGAGCCAUGGCAGCCGUGGCCCAUGCAGCGCCUUCACCAUGCGUUGCCGGGAGCGCAUCGGGAGCGGCCGGCCUGUGUGUUGCUGACCACCGGCGCCAUGAAUCCCCCGCACAAGGGCCAUGCUCAGCUCCUACGGCAAGCGCGCGAGCGUCUCGAGGGAGCAGGAUAUCAGGUGUGGGCUGCCUGGAUGUCUCCAUCCCAUGACGGCUAUGUGGGACCCAAGGCGAUCAGCAAGCGCACGGUGCAUCUCAGUAGCAAGCUGCGGUUGCACCUGGCUCACCUGUUAGUGCUGGGAGAUCCUUUUGUGGCGGUUGGCUACUGGGAAGCCUCAAAGAAGGGCUCCUGGCCCGACUUUCCACAGGUCGCCGAGGAGCUUCAGCGUACACUGAAAAGGCUGGUGGAUGAUCAAGCGGAGCUUAUGCCGACCCUGAACUUGCUUUUGGGUGAGAGCGGCUGGCCUCGCGUCUUUUAUGCCUGUGGCACUGAUCACGCUGAACGCUGUGGCCUCUAUGACGGCUUCGGCCGCUUCUGCGCGGACGUAGGCGUCGUGGUGGUGCCGCGCCAGGACGAGGCACCGGAGCCCGAGCGGCCGCCGGAGGUCUUCGUGGCCUCGGCUGCGCCGGGGGAAGUGGCCGGCUUCAGCUCCACCAAGAUUCGUGAAUCUUUUCAGAUUGCCGGCAAAGAUGAACAUGCUUAUCUUUGCAAUGCAAUCUGCGAAGCCGCCGCAGAUUUCAUGAUCGGCUGGGGGCAACUCUCCUGGUUCGAGGAGUUCCGGACGGAUUUCGAGAAGCUACACCUCAGUGAAUCCUGAACAUGCUGAUGCUACAGCCGAUAGCUAGCACGGGACGACCAGUUCUACCCAUGGCUGGG